AUGAGUAACUCGCUCGAAGAACGGUUGCGUAUAAAUUCAAGCGCCUUCGAUGGCCUGCUGUCACUAAUACCAGCUAAGUACUACUACGACGAUAAAACCCAGGAACAGUGGAAACAGAAGAAAAAGAGUAAAGCGCAAUCUAAGCUGGAUAAGCGUAGCAAGCUGGAUCCCGAACUGCAAAACGAGGAAUCCGCGUCAGCCCUCGAAAUUAAAGCCCAAAGAGAAAAAGACGGACAACCUGUGGUGCUUCCGGGAUCCAAAGCGGUACCGCAAGCGAGCGACAGCUCAGAUGAAGUAGAAGAGGACGAGGAAGAAGAAGAAGAAAUAGAAGAGGAGGAGGCAGAAGGUGAUGAAGACCAGGGGAGGUCAGAAACAGAAAACUCAAAAUCUACAUCAGUUCAGGAUGGAAAAGAUCUGCAGAUCCCCCAAGCUGCUAAUGCAGGCCCCGCUUCGGAAGACGAAGAAGCGAUAGACGUGAUCUUCGACGACGAGGGCAAUGAAGUGGGCAACGAAGUCAACUCCCAGACCACCCAGGUCCCCAAGGAGGACACUAAAGCUAGCAAAUCAGAUUCUAACAAAACUCCAAAGGCGGACCGGAAAGAAAACUUGGCAAAACUACGUGCUAAACUGCAAGAAAAAAUCCAAUCACUCAAAGAGAGACGGAAGGCACCUGGAACCUCGGUAUCAGGAGCCCCCAGCUCGCGUGAAGCCAUCUUGGAGCAACGCAAGCGCAAACAAGAACAGAAACGGAAACGGUCCGAGUUAGACAAGGCUAAACAAGACGAAUCUAGCGACAAUGAGUCGUCUGAUAGUGAAGCAGAAGAAGAGACCGAUGUGGUUGUUAAAAAGAGAAAAACCGGUGACGAAGAUCUAACUAAGGACCUCAUGUUCCAGAAUAUCGAGUUUGACGACGGCUCCCGCGCAACCUCUGACCUCCAGCGUCUGCGGAAGUCCAGCAAUAAAAAGGGACCAGCCAAGAACGACAUCAAGGCCCAUUUGCAGGCCUCGGAACUGAGACGUGCCAAGCUCGAAGAAAAGGACGAACUCGAGCAAAUCAAACAGAAGGAAAAAGAGAAAUGGCAGCGUGCCAUGCUACAAGCCGAAGGCGAGAAAUUCAGAGACGGCGAAAAACUGUUACGCAAAGCCCUGAAGCGCAAGGAAGCAAAGAAACGCAAGUCAGCAGUCGAGUGGCGUGAGCGUAAAGAAAGUGUCGCCACAGCCAUUUCCGACAAGCAAAAGAGACGCGAAGAGAACCUACAAAUACGGAAGGACAACAAGGGCAAGAAGAGAUCUCAUCAGGAAAAAAUGAAGCGUGGCAUUAAAGGAGUAAGGCCUCAAAAGCGGGCUGGUUUCGAAGGGCGCCUUAAGAGUCAAAAAAAGCGCUAA